UUCGUUUUAUCCUUCAGCCUUUAUCUGUGUCAGCUUUUCAUAUCUUUAAUCUGUGGUUCUCCUUGCUCGCGGCAGCAUUGGGAGAAAGAAAAUUCGAUCCUGGCGUCUCAAGGAUAAUUUUUCUGGUUGAUUAGCUACAGUACAUAAGUACUGUAACGACUUGGCGCGGACAAGGACUGCUGGAGACGACGAAAAUGAUGCAUCAGCAAUCCAUGAUGGUUGGAGAUAUGAUUCCUGUACACUCUGAAAUACCCGUGCAUUCCGAGGAAAUGAACAAUGUUGGAUACGACAACAGUAAUUCUUAUGCCUAUGACGACCUGUUCCCGGCUCUGCCGCACUCGCAGGCACCGGUGCAACGCAGCAUUCAGCAAGUCACCAACAAGUUGCGCGUUGGCUCGUCGCUUCAUACCCAGGUUUUCCAUGUGCCAUAUGAAGAGAGAAAACUGGACAAUGCCAACACUUUCGGUGAAGGCGAAUCUUUGAGAACUUGCCAGUCCAUUACGAAGGAUACUGGGGCCCAUAUAGAGAUCUCUACCAGCAAGGAUGGAAGUUUGACUUUCCUUAUUACGGGAAAGCAUAGCGCUGUCCUUGAUGCACGAAGACUUAUUCUGACCCAUUUCCAGCAACAGGCCAGCAAACAGAUUUCGAUCCCUAAAGAGCAUCAUCGCUGGAUUUUGGGCAAGCAAGGGCAAAAGCUGAAAGAUCUGGAGAAGGUUACUGCAACUAAAAUAAGCGUACCUGGCAUUGCUGAUAACAAUGAGACUGUUACGAUUACUGGAACUAAAGAAGGAAUUGAGAAGGCCGAACAUGAAAUACGAGUUUGCUCUGAGGAACAGUCGCGAAAGGCACUCGAGCGUAUCACUGUGCCGAAGAUCUACCAUCCCUUCAUCCAAGGCCCAUUCGGCGAGCGCGCGGCGGCUCUCACCGCUGAGACCGGCGCCCGUAUUCACAUCCCGCCCGCGUCCACCCAGAGCGACGAGAUUGUUGUCGCUGGAGAGAAAACCGGCGUGCUGGCUGCUAAAGCCCAAAUCGAGCAGAUUUAUGAAGAAAUGGCCAAGAAAUGUUCAACUGUCCGAGUCGAAGUCCCUAAAUCUCAACACAAAUACGUGAUAGGCGCCCGCGGUACUACGAUUCAAGAAAUACUUAAAGAAACCGGCGUGUCUGUGGAGAUGCCGCCCCCAGAUUCACCAACUGGCACUAUUACUCUUCAUGGCCCUCACAAUAAAAUAGGAUUGGCUCUAUCUAAGGUGUGUGAGAAAGCUAACUCUGUGAAAACUGCAACUGUGGACGCUCCAACAUGGAUACACAAGUAUAUUAUUGGUAAAAAUGGCUCUAAUAUUAAGAAGAUUACCCAGGACCUCUCCAAGGUACAUGUUGACAUUACACAUUCCGAAGAUAAAGUUAAAAUUGACGGACCUCCAGAAGAAGUGGAACGAGCACAAGUUGAAUUGGACAACUUUGUUAAAAAUUUACUUGCUACACUUACAUAUGUAGAACUUUCCGUGGAUCCUAAGUUCUUUAAGCACAUUAUUGGCAAAAGUGGAUCAAACAUCAACAGACUGAAGGAUGAGACUGGUGUAGUUAUAAAUAUAAUCGAAAAUGAAGGCAAUAACGUUAUUAGAAUUGAAGGAAGCCACAGUGGUGUAGCUGAUGCUGAAAGAGAAUUAAGAGAGAUGGUGAUGAAACUCGAAAAUGAGAGAACUAAAGAAGUGUUUGUCGAUCAUAGAUACAUUAAGUCAUUAAUAGGAGUGAGGGGUGAUAAGAUAAAAGAAAUCCGUGAAAAGUUCGAGCGUGUACUCAUCACAUUGCCAGAUCAGGGUCAGAAAAGAAGUCCGAUUAAACUUCGUGGACCUCAGGAGGACAUCGAAAAAUGCGAAAAAUAUCUUCACAAGCUUAUGAAAGAAAUCGCUGAAUCAUCUUAUGUGCAGGAGGUACCUAUUUUUAAACAAUUCCAUAAAUUCAUUAUUGGCAAGGGUGGCGUAAAUCUGAGAAAGAUUCGUGACGAGACGCAGACCGUGAUAGACUUACCGGCGGAAGGAGACGACAGUGACGUCAUCACUGUAAGAGGCAAACGCGAGAACGUCGAGGAAGCUGUAAAGAAAAUCCAGCAAAUACAUAACGAGAAAGCUAACAUUGUAACAGAGGAGGUGACGAUUGCGCCCAAGUACUACAAUUCGCUUAUUGGAGCUGGUGGUAAGUUGAUCCACUCCAUCAUGGAAGAAUGUGGAGGUGUGCUGAUCAAGUUCCCGUCUGCUGACAGCGACAGCGACAAGGUUGUGAUCAAGGGGCCCGUAGAGGACGUAGAGAAAGCGAGGCAACAGUUGCUCGCACACGCCAGCGAGCGAGAACUCACCUCGCACACGGCGCACGUUCGCGCCAAGCCCGAACACCACAAGUUCCUGAUCGGCAAGAAUGGUGCUAAUAUCAAGAAGAUCCGCGAACAGACCGGAGCUCGGAUCAUAUUCCCCACAGAAAAAGACGAAGAUAAGGAAGCCAUUUUCAUAAUUGGUCGGUCGGAGCAAGUGGAGGCGGCCCGCAAGCAGCUGGAGGUAGCGGUGGCGGAAAUCAGCAACGUGUCUGAAGGCGAGAUGUCGGUGGAGCCGCGCCACCACCGGUACUUCGUGGCCCGCCGCGGCGAGGUGUUGCGCCGUAUCGCCGAUGACUGUGGCGGUGUGCAAAUCUCUUUCCCGCGGCAGGGUGUCACCAGCGAUCGAGUCGUGCUGAAGGGGCCUAAGGACUGCAUCGAGGCGGCCAAGACGCGCAUCAACGAAAUUAUCGAAGACCUAGAAGCUAAGGUAACGAUCGAGUGCAUCAUUCCACAAAGGCACCAUCGCACGGUAAUGGGAGCUCGCGGUGCGAAGGUCAAGGAUAUCACGGCCGAGUGUGAUGUACAAAUUAAAUUCCCGGAGCGGGAUCUGACUGAGGGAGCAGAUAUUCCCGUGAAAACUGAAGAAAAUGCUGAACCAGGACUGAACGACAUCAUAAGAAUAACUGGCCGCCCUGAAAACUGUGAAGCUGCUAAAAAGGCAUUACUUGAACAAGUGCCAAUAACGAUAGAUGUUGAAGUUCCGAAUGAUUUGCACCGAUUGCUUGCCGGUUUAAAAAGAAGGGAGUUGAUGCAGUCCUACGACGUUCACAUCUUGAUGCCGCCGAAUGAGGAAAACAGUGAUAUUGUGAAGGUAACUGGUACACCAACAAAUGUUGAAAAAGCAAAAGAAGCAAUUGCUGAUAAAAUUGUUGAAAUGGAGAAAGACAAAGAAGACAGAGUUCUCAGAUCAUUUGAGUUGAAAUUCAAAGUGGACCCAGAGUACCAUCCUCUUGUUAUUGGUAAAGGAGGUUUAGUAAUUAAGAAGAUUCGCACUGACUAUGGAGUACAAAUCAACCUGCCAAAGCGCGGUAAUAUCGAUGACGAUAUCAUCACCAUACAAGGUUAUGAAGACAAGGCAUUGCAAGCCAAAGAAGCCAUCAUGGCUAUUGUUCACCAACUCGACAACCAAUAUCGAGAGGAAGUGGACAUCGACCCCCGUGUCCACAGGAGGCUGAUAGGUCACGGUGGCAAGAAUAUCAAACGCAUAAUGGAUGAUUACAAAGUAGACAUCCGCUUCCCCAAGCAGGGAGAUGACAGUAUCGUCAUCAUCAGCGGUGACGAGGACAACGUGCUGGACGCUAAGGAUCAUCUCUUGAAUUUAGCAGAGGAAUAUAUUCAAGAUGUCGCGGAUCGGUACCAGCGACCUGCGGCUCCGUCCCUCGCCGACUUCGGGGAAGUGCUGAGUGGGGAUAACGCGAGUGGCGGCGCGCCCUCUACCGGUUUUGUGGUGAAGGGCGGGCCGUGGGAGCAGCGUGCACCCGACACCGCGUCCACCGACGAGUUCCCGACAAUGCCGGGGGCGACCCGCGCCCCGCAGCCCGCGCCCGCGCCCAUCCCUCCGCCCGCGUCCUCUACCGUGUGGGGCCCGCGCCGCUAGUCCAACCACACCCCCACUGCCCUCCUCAUCACAAUAAACCCAGUAACUGUGAGCGAAGCACUAUGUAUUCCAUUCUGCAAUUCUAACGCUUAACGCCUCUAAAUCUUUAACGGCGGCUCAGCGUUAUAAUUGUAGAAUUGGAGUUUUUGCAAAUGAAUAUUUUUCACUAGUAGUCGGAGGGCGUCCAAAGCAACCAAAAUGAAGGCUAUACAACUGUUUUGCGUUUGCGGUUAACAUUGCACACACGUUUAAGUAUCGUCACUUAGCUAACUAAAAAAAUACUGCGCAAAUCAAAUUAGCGUAGAGAUUUGGAGA